AUGCCUGAAUCUACCAAACAUUCACACAUUUCAUUAGACCAUGAAGCUAUGAAUGACCCUCCAAAGGGUUUUUUCGAAAGAUCUAAAACUAAGCCAAACUUGGCUGAUUUUGCCACAUAUCAAAAAAUGUAUAAGCAAUCAAUCGAAAAUCCCAAUGAAUUCUUUGGCGAACAAGCAAAACAAUUCUUGGACUGGUAUAAACCAUUCGACUUGGCCAGACUUCCUGCUUCUAGUGAAGAUGAUUUCAAGAAUGGUGAUUUGCCAGCGUGGUUUGUCAAUGGUGAAUUGAAUGCUUGUUAUAAUGCAGUUGAUAGAUGGGCUAUCAAGAACCCCAACAAGCCUGCUAUUAUUUACGAAGCCGAUGAGGUCAAUGAAGGUAGAAUCAUCACUUAUGGGGAGUUAUUGAAAGAAGUUAGUAAAUUAGCCCAAGCUUUGGUUAAAUUGGGGGUUAAAAAGGGUGAUUCAGUGGCUGUUUACUUGCCAAUGAUCCCCGAAGCUAUUGUUACCUUGUUGGCUAUUGUUCGUAUUGGUGCCGUUCAUUCAGUUGUGUUUGCUGGAUUUUCUAGUGCUUCUUUAAGAGACAGAAUUUUGGAUGCUGAUUCAAGAAUUGUUAUUACUGCUGAUGAAUCCAAGAGAGGUGGUAAAACUAUUGAAACAAAGAGAAUUGUUGAUGAUGCUUUAAAGGAAUGUCCCGAUGUUAGAAAUGUCAUUGUUUUCAAGAGAACGGGAAACUCACAUGUGCCUUUCACUAAAGGUAGAGACUUGUGGUGGCACGAAGAAUUGGCCAAAUAUGGAUCAUACUUCCCACCUACACCAGUCAAUUCUGAAGACCCAUUGUUUUUGUUGUAUACUUCAGGGUCUACUGGUAAACCAAAAGGUGUUCAACACACAACUGCAGGUUACUUGUUGGGAGCAUUGCUUACCACCAAGUAUGUAUUUGAUGUUCACGAAGAUGAUAUCUUGUUUACUGCUGGUGAUAUCGGUUGGAUUACAGGUCACACAUAUGUUGUUUAUGGACCAUUAUUGAAUGGUGCUACAUCAGUUGUGUUUGAAGGUACACCUGCAUACCCUAAUUUCUCAAGAUACUGGGAAAUUGUUGACAAGUACAAGGUUAACCAAUUCUAUGUUGCACCAACUGCUUUAAGAUUGUUGAAACGUGCUGGAACAAAGUUUGUUCAACCAUAUGAUUUAAGCUCAUUGAGAGUGUUGGGUUCAGUUGGUGAACCAAUUGCAUCUGAAGUAUGGCACUGGUACAAUGAUAACAUUGGUAGGGGCAAAGCCCACAUUGUUGAUACUUAUUGGCAAACCGAAUCUGGUUCACAUUUGUUGACUCCAUUGGCUGGGGUUACCCCAACCAAACCAGGUUCAGCAUCUUUGCCAUUCUUUGGUAUUGACCCAAAAAUUUUGGAUCCAACUACAGGCGAAGAAUUGAAUGGUAAUGAUGUUGAAGGUGUCUUGGCUGUUAAGUCGGCUUGGCCAUCAAUCACCAGAGGUAUCUUUAAUGACUACAAUAGAUUCAUCGACACUUAUUUGGCACCAUAUCCAAACCACUACUUCACUGGUGAUGGUGCUGCUCGUGACUUGGAUGGAUUCUAUUGGAUCUUGGGUAGAGUUGAUGAUGUUGUUAAUGUUAGUGGUCACAGAUUAUCUACUGCUGAAAUUGAAGCCGCAUUGAUUGAACACGAUUUGGUUGCCGAAAGUGCUGUUGUAGGGUACGCCGAUGACUUGACUGGUCAAGCUGUUGCUGCGUAUGUUUCAUUGAAAAAGGACAAAUUGGGUGAUAACGAAGACAUGGAUGCCAUUAAGAAGGAGUUGAUUUUAACCGUUCGUAAAGAAAUUGGACCUUUUGCUGCACCAAAAUUGAUUUUGUUGGUUGAUGAUUUGCCCAAGACGAGAUCAGGUAAGAUUAUGAGACGUAUUUUGCGUAAAGUUCUUGCUGGUGAAGCUGAUCAAUUGGGUGAUACUUCAACUUUGUCUAAUCCACAAGUUGUUCAACAAAUUAUUGAUGUUGUUGCUGAAGCGGUUAAAAAGUAA